AGCAUGGAAGAGCACACCACCUCCAUGCUUUGGAUCUAUGUCAACGCCACGGAAUGGCUGAACACCUCGUACGACUACAACGCCACGACUGAAAACCCGGACACGUACCCGUACUACGUGAUCGGCCUCUUCCUGUCCUGCCUCUACACCAUCCUCCUCUUCCCCAUCGGCUUCAUCGGCAACAUCCUCAUCCUGGUGGUCAACCUGAACCACCGCGAGCGCAUGACCAUCCCCGACCUCUACUUCGUCAACCUGGCCCUGGCCGACCUCAUCCUGGUGGCCGACUCGCUCAUCGAGGUGUUCAACCUCAACGAGAAGUACUACGACUACGCCGUCCUCUGCACCUUCAUGUCCCUCUUCCUGCAGGUCAACAUGUACAGCAGCAUCUUCUUCCUGACGUGGAUGAGCUUCGACCGCUACGUGGCGCUGGCCGGCACCCUCAGCAGCAGCCCCCUACGGACCAUGCGCCACGCAAAGCUCAGCUGCGGCCUCAUCUGGACGGCGUCGCUGCUGGCCACGCUGCUGCCCUUCGCCAUCGUGCAGACGCAGCACAACGGCGAGGUUCACUUCUGCUUCGCCAACGUGUCGGAGAUCCAGUGGCUGGAGGUGACCAUCGGCUUCCUGGUGCCCUUCUCCGUCAUCGGCCUGUGCUACUCCCUGAUCGUGCGCGUCCUCAUGAAGGCCCAGAAGCACCGGGGGCUGUGGCCACGACGGCAGAAGGCCCUGCGCAUGAUCCUGGUGGUGGUGCUAGUGUUCUUCAUCUGCUGGCUGCCGGAGAACGUGUUCAUCAGCAUCCAGCUGCUGCAGGGCGCCGCCGACCCAGACCAGCCGACCGCCCCCACGCUGUGGCACCACUACCCGCUCACGGGCCACAUCGUGAACCUGGCGGCGUUCUCCAACAGCUGCCUGAACCCCAUCAUCUACAGCUUCCUCGGUGAGACCUUCCGGGAUAAGCUGCGGCUCUUUAUUAAGCGUAAAGCCAGCUGGUCCGUGCUUAACCGCUUCUGUCAACACACGCUCGACUUACACCUUCCUGUGAGGAGCGAGGUGUCCGAGGUGUGA